AUGGACAGGACACUGCUCUGGGUUCCAGCUCGCCGUUCUGGUUCCUCUCAGAGGGGAGGGGAGGUGAUCCUCCCCUCAGGGCCUCAUGGAGGAGGAUCAGAACCGGCCCGCUCCUCAUGGCUCCUGGUCUCACCGCGCUCCUGCUCUCCAUCUGUCUCCUGCAGCUACGUGAAAAAGGAAACGGAGGCGGGCGCCGCCAUGGCCAGACUGAAGGAGCUGGAGGCCCAGCUGAACAGCAGAGACGCCACGCUGACGACGGCGCUGUCUGAGAAGAGAGGCCUGGAGAGCAGCCUGACUGAGCUGCAGGAGCAGCUCCAGGAGAUGGAGACGGCUCUAGCUCAGACCAAGAAGCAGCUGGCCGAUGAGAUGCUGACGCGCAUCGACCUGGAGAACCGCUGCCAGAGUCUGACUGAGGAGAUGGAGUUCAGGAGGAGCGUGCAUGAGGAGGAGGUGAAGGAGGCGCGGCAUCGCUACGAGAGCCGCCUGGUGGAGGUGGACUCUGGGAGGAAGGAGGAGUACGAAUGUAAACUGAGCCGGGCGCUGGCGGACAUGAGGGCCCAGAACCAGGAGCAGGUCCACAUCUACAAGGACAACAUGGAGAGCACCUACAGGGCCAAGCUGGAGGACCUGCAGCGUUUAUCGGAGAUGAACGGAGCGUCGGGCGACGCAGCGCGGGAGGAGCUCAGAGAGGCCGCCCUGAGGAUGGAGAGCCUGAGCGCCCAGCUGGCGGCGCUGCAGAAGGAGACGCGCGGCUGGAGGGAGCGCAUAGCGGAGCUGGAGGCGGCUUUAGCUCAGGAGAAGGACAACAGCCGGCGGCAGCUAGCAGAGAAGGACCGGCAGGUGGCGGAGAUCCAGUCCAAGAUGCAGCAGCAGCUGAACGAGUACGAGCAGCUGCUGGACGUCAAGCUGGCGCUGGACAUGGAGAUCAACGCCUACCGCAAGCUGCUGGAGGGAGAAGAAGAAAGGCUAAAGCUGUCUCCCAGCCCUGCGUCCCGGGUCACCGUGUCCAGAGCCUCGUCCAGCAGCCGCAGCGUUCAGACGGCGCGGGGGAAGAGGAAGCGCAUGGAGGUGGAGGAGCAGGAGGCCAGCAGCUCCGUGUCCGUCUCUCACUCCGCUUCGGCCACCGGACCCGUCUGCAUCGACGAGGUCGACACCGACGGGAAGUUCGUGCGUCUCCAUAACAGCGGCGAUGAGGACCAGGCCAUGGUGGGCUACGAGAUGGUGAAGAAGGUGGGAAACCUGAGCGCCACCUACAGGUUUACCCCCAAAUACGUCCUGAAGGCCGGCCACAAGGUGACGAUCUGGGCGUCGGAUGCAGGAGUGAGCUCCAGGCCUCCCACAGACCUGCUGUGGAAAAACCAGACCUCCUGGGGGUCUGGAGAAGAUGUCAGCGUGCUGCUGAUCAGCCCCCAGGGAGAGGAAGUGGCAAAGAGAACCACCAGAUACCAGAUCGCAGAGGAAGAUCAGGAUGAGGAUGACUAUGGAGUGGAGGCCGUGGAGAAGGACGUCCAGCAGCAGGCCGCCGCCCAGACGGGCUGCUCCAUCAUGUGACCCGGCCAGCCGCCGCCGCUAAGCCCCGCCCCUCUGCUGCCAGCCUUCAGAGUGAUAUUUUUCUAGAUUUUGUAGUUUCAGCUGAAUGUUUUUGGAGUUUUUCUUUUUUUUUUUUUUUUGAGAACCAAAUGAAGUAGGAUGUUGGGAGUCUUCAGACCAAGUAGCCGAGCUGAAGAUGAGAAGGAUGUCGUCUUUUUUAAGCCCGUUAUUUUUAAGCUUUCUGUGAUUGUAGGGUUUUAAAGAGGACCGUUUUUUAUUGCCUCCAUCACAAUCGUGAGCCCAGUGAUGGAGGCUGAAGGAUCAAGACACUAAGAAGUGAUUUCUGCUUUAUUCACCAUGUCUGCAGUGUUGAUUGUAUUCAUUUCUAAUACUUUUUGUUUCCAUUAUGAUGCAUGCUUUCUAUAACCAGAGUUCAGUUAAAGCUUUUUCUGUUACGGUAUGCUAAUAAAUGGCGCUCUGCAGCCAACCGUUUGCCUCCAUAAACUGAACUUCUUUCCCUUCUUUGCUCCACUGACUUUAUUUUAGCUUCUGGAUAUUUUAACUUGUUUUGUGUGACUGCAUGCUCCCAUCUGUCCUCAUUGUCAAUAAAACGAUCAAAUAAAAGGAAA